AUGAAACUCAUAACUUUUUUAACCGUCUUUUUAGUAUUCAUUGUGAUCAUCGCUCAAGCAACUCCAACUCCUAAUAUAUACGAACGUACCAAAAAAGAAAAAAUAGGAAAAAAUUUAUACCUUGAUGGUGUAAGUUUUCAAGAUUCAUACCGUAAUGUCGCUACCAAAUUGAUAAAAGUCCACCAUCAAUACAAUUCACUCUUUUCUUCGUUCGGCGACUCUGUAAAAGCCGCCGCAAAGAAGGAUAAAUUACCUGUACCAGAAUUUUUCACUGAAUGGAAUGAUAAUUAUGUUGAAAAAGCAAAAGAAGCACACCAAAUCUAUUUAGUUUUUAUCGCGAAACUUGAAUCAUUUAAGAAAAAGCUUGAUGAAGCAUAUAAAGGCAAAUAA